UUAAAGUUGAAAAUGGAGGCAAUAAGCACGAUGGACGGAAGCUAAGAAGAUGGAAAAUACACAUUCGAUGGUUUUAUUCCUUUUGUUUCAGAGAUUUUAAAAUGAAGCAUUUGACAUUUAUUGAUAACACGGACAAUCUUCGUGCCCUUAUAAGACAAGAUUUAAGGGAACUGGGAAUCAAAGUCCCCAAAGGAAAGAAGUCUAAAAAAUUCAACACGAAAACACAGGAUAAACAAGAUGACAAAAUAUUUGGGAACUUUCUGUCGCAUGUAUCCUGUAUCCAUGAAGAGGAUUACGGCUAUGUCCCGAGGUUUCUGGUUGAUGCUGCAGUUCUUAUCAGAAAAAAUAUUGAGCAGGAAGGAUUGUUUCGGAAGUCUGGUGCUGUCAGUCGACAAAAGGAGCUACAGCAUCAAAUUGAGCUGGGAAAGGGUCUAUCUGAAGCCAAUGUGUUCGACGUGACAAGUUUAAUCAAACAAUUUUUCCGCAUGCUGCCAGAACCUCUGUUCACCAGUACCUACCAUGACACAUUCAUCAAAUGUUUCCAGCUUGUAAACACAGAGGUUUCCCACCAGGCUGUCCUCCUACUCUGUCUCCUUCUACCAGGGGAGCACCUCUGUACACUAAGGUUUACGAUGAAGCUUCUGUCCGACAUAGCCAGCCAUUCGGACAAGAACAAGAUGGACCCCACAAACCUGGCUGUCGUCCUGGCACCUAACAUGAUGCACAUUAAUAAUAAAAGUGAGAAGAUGAACUCAUCAGAGGAGAAGCUACUCCAGGUACAGACAUCCAUCGUGGAGUUGUUGAUUAGGAAUGCAGAGAGCGUGGGUAUGAUCUCUGACAGCCUCCACGAGAGGGCAUUGCUGAUGACUGAGGUUUUUGGAACUGACGAUGAACUUGAUGUGACUGAAGACACACUAGAGGAUUCAAGGGAUUGUCGGAAAAAAGAAAAGAAAAGGAAGCGUUCUGGGUCAUUUCAAGGCCUAGUGAGUACCAUUGCACAGAGUAUCACCAAGUGGAGGAAGAGUACUGACGGGAAGGCUGGUAAUCUGAGCCAGGCCAGUAACAUGAGUCAUACCAGUGCGUACAGCAACAUGAGUCAUGCCAGCAUGGCCCACGACCAGAGUUCUAUGGCCCAUGCCCCUCCGAGCCUGCCAACAGAUGCAGAGUGUAUGGCUACACCUGUUGUCAUAAGGAAGCGCAAGGCCUCCGGAGAAAUGCUGCCUUUUUCUGCUCACAAAAAGAAGGCUAUCCUCCAGAACCUGCCAAACCAGGCUACACUGGCCAACACCCCAUUUACUCCCGCGUCGGGCGUCAGGAGGAUGGACAUCAAUGAGAUGAGGAGAACGGGUACCCUCAACACACCUAACAUCGCCUUCAGUAGUAAGGAGCAGCUCGCCUUCAGUGCUACACCCAGCCAAGCAGGAAAGAACACCAGAAAGCGUCUGAACCUGUUCAGUCCUAGUAAUGGUCGCAAGGGCAAAAAGCUUCCCUCAGGUUCCAAUAUAUCCAUGUCGGCUGCCAACAAAAAGGGCAAGUGUAAGGGUCUGUUUCGCAGGCUCUCCGGAGGAAAGGGGGACAAGCAGCUACCUGAACGUCCUAGAUCUACACAGGCAAGACAGGUUGGUCAGAGACUAGCCGGUCCUCCAGGAGGCAAACAACACAGCAAGCCACACAAACAGGAUACCAGUGAGACGGACAACACUACCAGCAAACCUCCGGCUACAUCUCAGGGUCAGUCACCUAUACGGGCCAUAGUAGACCAGUCGGUCCUUUCUCCCACUCUACCAGAGCAGUCUGUCCUGUCGGUGACUGAGGAGGACGCCAACUCCCUUAACGAGGGUUUUAUCGACGAGGAUGGAGAUAUGUCAACUAUGAGUGCUAAUGUUUCGUGUGGGGAUGAUAAUUCUGACCUGCUGCCUCGGUCUUGUUUGUCUGACUCUGCUGUCAAUGAUAUGUCCCGACAUGAAUCCAUCAACGAACAUCACCAACGAUCUGUUUCCUGUAAUCGGGAUCAUCAACUUCAGCGAAGAGGCACCCUGAGGCGUGGACGGCCAAAUUCUCUUAAGGCUGGUCUGCUUCAGGGCGAAAAAGACAAUAUCAUGAAAUUGAGGCGAAGUUUUGGCCUGGAUAAAUCGGAGAUUGGUGAGCCAGUGCCCCUCUAUAUACCUGAUACAUCAGGCUAUGGGAACAUGAUUCAGCUUGGGGACAACUCUGGUGGAAGUCAGACAAACCAAGACAAGGAGGAUAACUCCAUGGAUAUUUCAGAACUGAUAUCAGAACAAAAAUCUGGUAUUUCAAUCGUGUCAGAUGAAAAUACUGUCAGUAGUAACGAUACAGAGGAUGCUGCUGGAUACAGGGAGUCACUUGAUUCUGAUUCUAAAUCUCAGGGAAGUGACAAUUCUUCUGCAGAGGAGAGUCAUAAGAAAGGUUUAAACAUUAACUCUAGUGAGAGCGUGGACAGCCUAUUAAGUGGUCAAACAGAUUCCUCCCCACCUUCACCAAAAACUGAAAAGAAAAACUUUCCAAGAUCAAUUUCCACUGACAGUGGGAAAGGAUCCAUGUUAGAGGAAAUGGGUGUUUUAGAAAACACAGACAGUUCUAAAACUAGAACUGAUAUUGUGGUAGAAAGUCAGAAAGUCAGUACAAGUAAGAUGGAUGGUGAGCAGAGUUGUUUAGAACCAGCAGUAAAUCAAACAUCGUCGACCAAAAGAAAUGAUCAAAAGAUAAAACGUUUUGUUUCCUCGUUAGAUAUGAAGACAAUGACUGCUAGUGUAAGCAGGUCACAAAGCCUCCAUGUAAGUUCUGUGUCCAAAAAAAAUCAAAACCACACUCCAAAUCUUCAGAUUUCAUCAGAGACACAUAACCUGUUGUUGAGAGCAGGGUACUUGGGGACCAAACAGAAGGACACAUCCAAGGAGGAUGUUCAGGUGAUGGGUCCACCCCAAACUAUUCUCAAACAUGCAGAUACAGCCAUCCCAAAACAUGAGAGCAUCAUGGAGCUACAAACAAACAUGACCGGCAAAGUGAAACACUGUGUGAAAAGUCUGGAGACAGAUGUUGUUGACCGUCAUGCCUCUCCGUAUAGAUUUGCCAAUUCUGUGUCCCGCAAAAGAGGCUGCUCCCCUGUUAGGAUACCAACAAUUUUUGCUAAAAGCGAAAAGGAGGCUGCCAUGAUGAAGGACAUUGUACAGGUAAACCCAAAGUUAGGGAAAGGUCAGGCCAGACUGCCAAUCUCUACGCACCUUUUGAAGCCGACUGAGUCUGCAGCAUCAACAGAGCAACAAAGGCCUCCUUCUGGUGCUUCAAGUCGGCUGUCCCGCAAGCCUAGUAUCUACUACACAAAAGAUCAGGACAGACCACACUUUAGUACAUCAGUCAGAAAGACAUCUGGUAUAACAGAAGAGUCUAUGGACAUAUCGGAUAUCACAGCUGUGAAGAAUAAGGAAAACUCCAGCUUUGAGAAUGAAGGUGAUCACACACCGAAGGAGCUCAAACUCUGUGACUCUUUACAGGAUACAUUAGAUGACGUCUCUACGCCUCUUAGUGAUAAAAAUGAACUAUAUAACUCCUUUGAUCUGGAUGCAACACCAACCAAUGCCAAGUUUUCAAAUGUCCCGGGCAUCAAAAUGCCCAUCCUACCUGGCAAUCUUGGUGAGCGGGUCCUCCUGAGAACAUCUGGGGGACAUACACCCCGCCACAUUAACAGGACCACAUCAAAGUCACCACGCUCCCCGAUAAAACCAGUGAAACGUCUUGGAUCCCCAGGAUCACCCUGUCGUAACACACCGCGUAGACACACAUCUCCGGGGCGACAGAACAGGGCGAAACUCAGCUCUAUCCCUCACCACCUACAGGGGGAUAUGAGCAGUGUGUGAGCGAGUCUCUACAGUAGUGUCUGUGACGGGAGCUUGUUGUUGUGUAGAAUCUCAGUCUUGCUUUGGUAUUGUGGGAGCUUUAGAUUUUACCAAUUUGAUACUUAUUUUAUUGGCUACAUUCUGAUACAGGGUUAUAUAACUUAUAAUAUUGGAGUUUAAUAUAGGUGUGAGAUGUAAUUUAACAGACUGUGAAGUAGUCAGAGUUGGUUAUGUUUGCACUAUGGACAUUGCCAUACAAUAUAGAAAGUCUCUGCCUCUAUAGAAUCAGUGUAUCAUCUUGCUUGACAUGCUGUUGAACUUGAGUUUAGACUUUCGUGUACUGAGUUUGUCUCUGGCUUAAUAUUAAUGUUCUCAAUGCUCACCAAUUGGUAAACCAUUCUCUCGUUAUGUGACAUUAUAUUUUAUUGGUUGGACUGUUUAAAUCAUACUUUGAUGGGAGUGUUCGGGUAAUCCAUAGGAGUACUGUUCACAGAAAGUAUUAUAUAAACUUUUGUGCUUUUAGCUAGGAGUAAAUUGAAUGUGGUUUCCGUCUACUGUUUGGGAGUCUAUGUUAUGUGUGGUAUUCGCCUUUUUGUCUAAUUUCCUAUAAGGUACUUGUUUGCCUUAAUGUUUAACCUUUAGAGUAUGAACAUUUUUAAUUGUUUCCUUGUAUGUGUGCUUCUGUUUCUCGUUAACCAUUAAUUUUUAUGUAGGGUAUAUUCAGCUGUAAAGUGGAAUGUUUGUCAUAAAUAUUGAAAUGUAUGCCGCGAUGUUUACAUACUCGAUUUUUUAUUUGAUAUGUUAGUGCAAUCAUUGUUGAACAUAUAACCAAACUUUGCUCAAGUAGAAAAUGAAAUUUCAAGACUUUAAAAUAGGAACUUAAGGAGAAACUGGUCAAUAAACAAGAUUGUUACACAUCUCUGUUUGUACUGAAAUUGCUGCUGUGCCCCACUGACAUAGUAUUGUUUUACCAAUAUUUGUCGACAACAACCUAUUUCCUUGUCUAUCUGGGGUUUUUAUAAGCCAUGGCAAGUUGAACAUGGCAUUGGUAGGCUUUUUAUUUGGCAAGUUUAGACCUAUACUUAUGUAAGUUAUAGGAAUUAGAGUUAACACACAGAUGCAUUGUACAUGAAGAUAAAAAUUUCAACAAGGAUUGUCUGAACUUUGUGUGAAUUGUUUUAGCUCCGACUUUCUCUCCUCUAAAACUAUCCUCAUUCCUGUUUACUGUAAAAUUGUAAAUAUAUGUAUCAUUUAUACUCCAUGAUAACUUCUACCAAAAUAAUCAUGUUUUUCACAAACCUAAUAUUCUUCAGCAUGGUUUUAAAAUAUUUUCAAUUAAUACAACAACAAAAACAGAGAAGUGAUAUGUAUAUUAUACAUGAAAUGUUGUAUCAUAAAAAAAAUCAUGUUUAUGAUAUCACCAGAGUUACGCUAUACCACCAUGCCAGUGUUACAUUGACUAAUUUGUUACAGAAAGACAUAUUCAGAAUUUUUUGAUAAAUUGCAAAUAACAAAAUUAAACUAUUUAUUCAUCAAAUAUAUCGUCAUUUGCCUAAAUUGACAGUACAUCUUUAUUGUAUUUGGAAAAAAUGGUCUGAAAAAUAUGCUUUUAUAUACUUAAAGUUAGUGUACAUAUAUGGCUUUAAUUAGUAGUACAUUUUAUUUGAAGCAUAAUAUCAAAAUUGGUCUGAACUUUAAAUGAAAAUUGGAUGUACAUGUAUGUAACAGAUGAUGUAAUCAUUAAAAAACAGUUGUGAAGCUAGAAUUGUUGAACCAAACAGGAUUUUCCGCACAAUGUGCGCAACAAACUUCUUUGAACAGGUUAAGCUGAAGUUUUAGUCAAUAAUUCAGCAAACAUUUGAUAGGAAUAUUAUUUGUGAUACUUUUUCAAAUGUGAUGUAGAUACUCAAUGCUAAGAAAAGAAUCAUCAAUUUUCCCUCAAGAAUUUUGUUGUGUGAAAUUAUAAAGUCUGUUUUGUGUUGACAUCAUAUUCUUGUGAUAUGGUAGGUGUGAAUAUCGAUGACACACAAUACUGGUUUUUCCUUCUGAGAAGGUUGUUGAUACAUACUGUAGUAAGAAAAUGACUGACCUUCAAAAUGCUGAAAAUGUUAUAUUUUCUAGUCGUCUUGCCAUUCUUGUUAAGUUUUUCAGUUUGUUCAGAAAAAUCUGAAAACUGCAGAAUAUCAAAUAUCUUUAAUGUCAUGCUGUCAGGUGUGGUUUGUAUGCCUUCCUUUAUUAGUCAUGCUUAUUUUCGGAAUGAUCAUAGAUUGAUUUCAAAUUGAUGAGCAAUGGUGUAUUUAAUAUUAUGUGGUUCAUAUAGAUUUCAAGGUGCUUAUAACAAAACUGCUGCUUCUCGCCAAUAUGAAAACAUUAUAGCUACACUUACAAACGUCACAUGCUGUUCGAUUAACAAUUCUUUUGAUUUAACUCGGAUAAUGUUAUAAACAUUCUAGUCUAAAUUUAUGCAUAUCAUGGAUGACUUUUUAAGUAUUCUGAGGUAUGUCAUUCAUGAAAUCAAAAGGUAUUUAAUAUUUUAUAAACUAAUCAAAAAUAUUCAUCCACUACAGAUGUGCUCAUAAAUAGUACGAAAAUAACUUUAUACACAAUCCAUGUUCAACAGUUCAAUGAAGUAGUCCAGUUGGCAUGAUUGCCUGUAUAAAUCUGUCUCAUCAUUUUUUUACACAUUCUCACAGAAAAAUAAAUUCAUUUAGGGAACCAUAUUAUUUUGUCCGAUGACGAGUAUCUACUGCAGACGGUCUCUUUUAAACAAUACUGCAUCCUCAUAUUUCAACAGGAUAUCAUUACUCCAUCUGAAAAAUGAUACCAGUACUCCAUCUGAAAAAAGAAUUUUAGUCAAAACAAUACUUCCUGGAUGGGUUUUAGGUUGUUUAGUAACAGAAUUUAGGUUAUAUUUUAAUCGGAUUAACCAGCAAGUACAGAGUACGUUUUUGAGUUAAUUAACUUUAAUUAAGACUGGUUUUACUUUUAACAAAUCCUAAUUACUAUUUUUUCCAGCAUUAAACUCAACCUUUUUAGCUGUCUGGUUUGUCUUCUCAUAUUAUUUGAAAUACUGUAUACCAGGAAAUAUUUGUUGCAGUUUAUCUUUCUCUUUAUUCAGCCACCAUAUUGAAGGCAAAUCUAUCAUGACAGCUAAGUACACAUUAUAUUAAAAGAAUUUCAGAUAAAGGGCAAAAUUUCCAGGUAAACAAUCAUUCAAAUUUCACCAGUUAAACUCCUGUUGUAUGGAUACUGUGUCCUAUUUGAUCAUAUGUAUUAACUCUGCUCUUUUGACAAACAACUUUAAAUUUUUACAUUGUUGGAAUGGAUUUUUUUUCUUGGGAUUUCACCAUAGAGAUUUGUUUUACAACUAUGUGUGAUCCUUUAGCUAAAUGAGUAAUAUGUUCUGUUUAAGAGUUUAAACUGUAUUUACAUAGGAGGAAAACACUGAUUGUUAUUUAGGUACUGUACCUAAUUUUCUAAAUCAGUUAACUUUUUUAUUGCUCGUGAAUUCAAACCAAGAAAAAUCAUCACUUGUGUGUUAUUUUCAGCCAAAAUAAAUUGUGUUCUAGACAAUGUAACUUAAAUAGAGAUAAUCCCCGCUAUUUUGAAGAACGGCUAAAAGCAGUAAUACUCACUGAAUUCAAACCAUCCUAAUUAAAUGUACCAGUACUGACUGGAUCUAUCCUGCAUUCCAGCUGGACUGUGAAUCCCCAUUACAAUCACCAUUAUUUCGUGUGUAAUCAUGAUAUUUUAAUCAAGAAUCAUACAUUGCCUUAGCUGCCAUACGAUAAUGUAUUAAAAUAUAUGCAAAAGUA